AUGUACAUCACCCUCUACUACAUAGUCACCCGGCUCCCUGACUCUCUUCGCUUAGUCAGGGACCACUUCCUCUCAGUUUGCCCCACCACUCUCACCGUUGACCUCCUCGAGGAGCGCCUCCUAGCAGCAGAGAAGAGCAUAGUAGCUGUAGGAGCCUCUCGUGGUGACCCUCGCACCCCCGUCUUUGAGGGGUGUUCCCCCUCCCCCCUCUUGCCCUCUGUUGCUUCUGCUGCUGCUGCCGACCUCGUUGAUUUCUACGGGGUCGGCGCUGCGUCUGCCCCUAGCGGGAGGCGCCGCACCGGCAAGGGCAAGGGGGGCAAGGGAGCUGGAGGGGCUAGCGGGGGCGGUGGAGGUGGUGGUGGAGGCACUGGAGGGGGUGGGGGUGGUGGUGGGAGUGGUGGCGGGGGUGGCGGCGGCGGUGGCAGCAGUGGAGGCAGAGGAGGCGGCGGUGGUGGCGGAGGGAGCGGAAGUGGCGGAGGUGGCGGAGGCGGCGGAGGCGCCGGCAGCGGCGGCGGAGGCGCCGGCGGCGGCGGCGGUGGUGGAGCUUCUCGCGAAUCUACGCAGAGGAGUGGGUCCGGUGGUGGUCCGCGCCAGCAGCAUCAGCGCAGUCGUGAGACCCUGUCCCCUCAGCAGCUUCGUGAGUGGUACGCUGUGCGUCGGCGCGGUGGGGGUACUGGUCCCUGCACUUACGUUCUCCGCACCUGCGACCGCGCUGGUGAGCAGUGCGGGGGCCCGCACUCCACCCAGCGCUGCUUCGGCCGCCUGACGGACGCGUGGCGUCACCAGUUCCCUGAGGCGUCAGAGAUCCGUUGCUGGGGAGAUCUAUCUAGGGCGGGGGUUGCCAUCUUUGAUCUUAACUAUGAUGCUAUUCUUGCUGCCAUAUAUGGUGUGACUGUUAGUGUUGAGGGUGACUGUUACCUGUGUGUUCCGCCUGACCCGGGCAUUGAGGCUGCUGCUCUAGGUGCUGGUGAGGCUGCUGCCCCAGGUGCUAGUGCGUCUGCUGCCCCAGGUGCUAGUGAGUCUGCUCUCUCAGGUACUACGUCGGCUCAGGCCUUACACACCUUCACCCUUGACUCGGCUGCUUCCCGCUCCUUCUUUCGCGACCGCACCACGCUUACGCCGCUUAGUCGGCCAGUUGCGGUCUCCCUGGCGGACCCCUGUGGGGGUCCUGUCCUUGCUAGCUUCUCCACUAACUCACUGUGCCCGGCAGCCCCCUCUGGCACCCUAUCAGGUUUCUACCUCCCCUCGUUCUCUACAAACUUGGUGAGUUUAGCUGACCUACUGGAUAGGGGGGUUGACCAGUUCACUCCUGCAUGUCAGCAGGUGACCCACUGCACGUGUGCUCGGACAGGCCGACACUUGGCCACGUUCACCCGUUGGCCAGGGUCGAGCCUGUACACACUUACUAGUGAGUCUCCUCCGGCUGCUGCAUCUUAUCAGGUAGCUGCGUCGAGUCAAGUGUUUGCUGCAGCGUCCAGGUCUUGUCCUGAGUCUGCUCCCUGCUCGUGUCGUCUCCUGUCCCACCAGACUCUCCUUUGGCACCACCGCCUUGGUCACCCCUCCCUGCCUCGCCUCCGAGGCAUGGCCUCCCGUGUCCUUGUCUCUGGUCUCCCCCGAUCUCUCCCUCCCCUACCUCCGGGGCCUGCCCCUACUUGCGUCCCAUGCGUCGAGGGGCGACAGCGCGCUGCCUCUCACUCCUCCGAGUUUCCUCCGACGGAGGCUCCGCUGCAGACUCUUCACAUGGACGUGUGGGGCCCCGCCCGCGUCCGCGGGGAGUUUUCCUCUCCCCGUCUAGGAGCCUUCUGUCGAGCACAGGGCAUCCGCCAGACCUUCACGCUUCCGGCCUCUCCGCAGCAAAAUGGGAUUGCUGAGCGCCGCAUUGGCAUGGUCAUGGACGUCGCUCGUACGUCCAUGAUCCAUGCGGCUGCCCCCCAUUUUCUGUGGUUGUUUGCAGUUCAGUUGGCGAUGCGUCUGCGUUUCGUGUCAGUGGGAUCUCGGGCGUUUGUCCGCGACUUGUCUGCGGACGAGCUGUCCCCCCGUGCUGUUCCCUGCGUCUUCCUUGGCUUCCCCCCUGACGCGCCUGGUUGGCAGUUUUACCACCCCACCUCGCGCCGUGUUCUGUCCUCCCAGGACGUCACGUUUGACGAGUCGGUGCCUUACUACCGUCUCUUCCCCUACCGCACUGCGCCCCUCCCCCCGCCGCCGCUCUUCCUUACGCCAGACGCAGUCGAGCUUGUCGAGGUAGCUGUUCACUCUAGUGCUGCUAGAGGUGCUGAGCCUGCGGGUGCCGGGUCUGGAGGUGCUAAGCCUGAGGGUGCGGAGCCUGGGGGUGCUGAGUUUAGGGGUGGGGAGCCAGGGGGUGCUGAGCUUGGGGGUGCUGAGUCUGGGGGUGCUGAGCCUGGGGGUGCAGAGUCUGGGGGUGCUGAGCCUGGGGGUGGUGGGUCUGCUCGUGUGGCCUCGCGCGGUGCUUCUUCGAGGCAGGAGCCUCUCUCUCCGCAGGAGCUGCACGAGUGGUUUGCCCGGCGCUGGAGCCGUCCUGCUGGAGCUGGAGGUACUACUGUUGCUGCUGGUGCUGCUGGAGGUACUGCUCGAGCUGCUGGCGGUACUGGAGCUACCGGUCCUGCUGGAGCUGGAGCUGCUGGGGGUGUUGGCGCUAGUGGUGCUGGAACAGGAGGUGCUGCUGGCGCUGGUGCUACCGCUGGAGGUACUGGUGCUGUCCCUGCUGGUUCUGGAGGCGCUACGCGGCCGAGGCUGUACUUCGUUCCGCUCCUUGAGCAGGUUCUUGGUAUUCCGCCUUCUACUGGUCCUGCCCCUCCCUUAGCAUAUCCACCGCCUGUCCAGUCGCAGUCACAGUUACAACCCGCCUCCCCCCUGCCUACUCCUUCUCCCUACACUGGUCCUACUGGAGGUCUUGCUGAGCGUCGUGAGCCUGCGUCUAGUCCUGCGUCGCCUGUUCGUGCUGCUCGCACGGGUGGUCGUAGUGCACAGUCCUCUCUUCCUACUCUUGUUGACCCAAAGUCUGACUCUCCUCGUGCUGCCAGUCCUUUUGUCACGCGUCUUCAGGCUUCUGUUGUCACUGACCCUUCCUUUGAGUCCACUGCUGCGUCUGCCCUAGUUGCUGAGCUUGUCGACUUCGCUGCUCGCUGUCGUCUAGACUACGCUGCUAGUCUUGUUGCUGAGUCUGAGUCUGUCUGUCCUCCGUCCGUCGGGGGUGAGUGUGCUCUUAGCACGGACUUCCUUGAGGACAGGCAGGAGGAGUUCCAGUAUUUUGCUGCUGCUUUGCCUCAUCUCGUGUCCACGCUGAUUGCCCUUGAGGGAGACCCGGAUGCACCAGACAUCCCGACUCCUCGAUCGUACGCUGAGGCGAUCGAGGGCACCUACGUCGACGAGGUUCCCCCACCUGGGGCGAACAUCGUCAGUGGCAUGUAG